AUCCAAUGAAUGUUUAAAAACAUUGAGUGAUCAUAUAAUAGUAUCACAACAAGAGAAAGAAGAACUAGAGGAACGCCUUGAAACUUUUAAAAACAAAUAUGCAGAUGCAAUUAAAGAAUCUCAUGAAAAAUACGAAGAAAUGAUAAAAGAAUAUGAAGAAAACACACUUGAUUACAAACAAUUAAAAGAGUUACAGGAAAAGAAUGCAGAACUAGAAGCAGAAAUAGAAGUGUUACGGGAUGAUAUAAAGACAGAGAAAAAGAUAAAGGAAGAGUUUACAGAAAUGAAGAAACGGGAAUUUUAUAAAGCAAUAGUACAGUUUGCAGAAACUAUUAUUUCUUAUAAGAAAAAUAGAGACACCUUCGUGUUACGUAAGCAAUUAGAGAAAGAAGAGAUCCAACUUUUAAAAAAGUAUUCUGGGCUUGAAAAACAGAAUUUAUUUAAAAGAAGCUCCUUUGCCAUCCCAAAAAUACUUCCGCCAUUUCAGAUGCCACAAUUUAAUUUUCAAUCCCCUUUAACUUCUCGUGCAUUAUUAAAUGCAAACCUGAUGUCACCCAGAAAAUAUGGAUUACUUCAAAAUGAGGAAUCAAAUCAUAAAGGUAUUAUCGACGGAAUAAAAAAGCGAAAACUUAACGCACCUGCUGAACAAGGUGAAAAUAAACGUUUAGUGAACAGUUUACAAAAGCAUCAGUUUGACGCGAGUCCAUAUUUUCAAAACCUAUCUCAAGGUACUUCUCAAAAAAUUCAAAACCAGAAUAGCCAAGGGCAUGACUCAAUGAAAACAUUCAAUAAUAAAAGUCAUGGAAAGGUGAAAGUUAUCGAUGUUACAGUAAUUCCUCCAUCUCCUGUUACAUUCAACAACACAAAUCCUAACAAAAAUCAAAGCACAAAUAAUGAUACGUUCGUUCAGAAAACUCAACAUAUCCCACUUACUUCUUACAAUUCUAAUAAUGAACGUGGACAAUUUAUGGAUCCAAAAAUUAAAUUUGAUAACAACAGACCAAAAACCAGCUCUUUGGCCGGCAUGAAUAAAGAUGCGACUCGUCCAUUAAGAAGGGAAUCAAAUAAAAACAUAUUUUCUUUUCAAAAAUCGACAAAUAAUGCUGAACAAGAACCAAUAAAUAGUCAAGAUUUGUUAUUUUCACAAGAAUCUGUGACAAAUCAACUCAAAGAUAAUCAAACUGGCCUAACUCCUGAGAUGAUUCAGUUUAAAUUACUAUCAGGAAGCAGAAAAGAUAAUACUGACGAAGAUAAGGAAAACAACGAAGUACACUGCGAAGAUCAAGGGACAGAAAGUCAAUCUUUUGUAUGUAAUGAAGACAAUUAUGGCAGAUCCUUGAAUAAUUCAUUUAGUAUUGAACCAAGCUUCAGAUACGAAAAUGCUAAUAAUUCUUCUACUUUUGGUCAAUUCGAUAGACCAAAUGAAAUUCCGCGCUUUCAAUUUGGAGAUGCCCCAAAUCAAUUAAACGUUUCAGGUAUUGACGUGCAAAAUUACAUGGAUACUGGAAAUGAAAACUACGUAUGUUCUCCGAUUAAUUCAUUUUUGUUGAACACUACUGACGAAAAAGAAGACAAUAAAGACGAAAAUAAGAAUAAACAGUCCAAUAACUUUUUUUUUAAAUUUGGAGAAUGUACUUCAAAAAAUGGUCCUUCGGGUCAAAAAAAACUUUUUGAUAUGUUUUACUAAACUGAAAAUAUGCGUUAUAUUAAGUAGGUAACUUCGGAACAUAUGUUAAGUUUAAACACAACUUGUUACUUUGCUAAAUGUUAUUUUUCCAUUCGUUCUUGUUCUGAAAUAAAACCAUUCAAUUUUGGUAAUUAUUACUUUUCUUUCCUACACUGAAAAAAAAAAUGUUUUGCCUUUUAGACAGAAAUGAUGAUAAUAAUAAUCUAUAUUAAAUUAUAGGUCACAGUACCUACAAGUUUAUAUUUAGUAAUUCAAAUAAACUCUAAUUUUGAAGAUAUUCCAAUUGAAAAAAGCAUACCUUUUUAAUUUUCUUUAAGGGUAAUAGGUCAUCUACUGCACAUGCGAUGUUGCUACAUAGAAACGUAUUGUAUUGUUUAAUUUUUUUACUUCUUAGAUCGACUUAAAAAACAUGAAUACAAAAUCUUUACAAAACGGCAACCUUCUUAUUGAUUUCUUCCUAAAAUUAUAUGUAUCAUGUAUAUCAGGUUUGGCCUCACAGUCACAACUAGAUAGGUACAUGUUUUUUUUUUUAUAUGUAUAAAAAUUACCACUACUCAAAAAUUACUGACAAUGUGCAUAAAAUCAGAAAAUGUUUUAAUAAAAAAACAGGCGACACGUAUUUAAUAAAUAAGACACUGUAAUAUUAUGAGUUUGUCAACAAUGCCCCGAAAUUGGGCCAUAUAUAAUUGCCUAAUAAUUUCCAAAGGCCUUACAGCUACAUUACAACCAAACUGAUCGAUUCCGAAUGUGUUAGUAUUACGCAAAGGCCUAUUCUUAAUUGCAAUUUUCAGCUCAAAACCCGUGUAAUCCCCAUAGAAACGGUUAUCGUUUUAUUUGAGCAUUUUCUUUAUACUUUAUCAAUGUAAGCUGAGUCUCGAGUUGUCGGUUUUCGGGCUAUUAUCCCGUUAUCAAUUACUCCUCGCCUUUUCGAAAGUCAUAUCGUUAUCUUACUCAGAAAACUUUCGAAACAUUAAGGAAUAAUAAUCGACCAGACGGUAAUAAUAAAGAAGUCAAUAAGUCGCAAACUCAAGCUACGACAGGUUUAAACUGACUCUUACUAACCAUUGUUACAUAUAAUAAUUGGA